AUUAUUUCGAGCGGGAGGUGGCUUGUACCGCAAAAAAGGUUGCAUUCAUUCGUAAAAAUCUACAUUCUGUGGGUUGGUUUGUUUUUUCCUAUUUACAUACUUUUUGAAGACCUAGUGAGCCACUCGAUAUUUAGGCAAACAAACAAAUGACUUUGCCAACUUUAACGGGCAGUGUUGCCAGCAAAACGCACUACACAUGCGGAAGACUCGGCGGAGCUGGCGAAGAGUUUCAACGGCUUUUCGCACUGAUGCUGCUGCAGAGGGCCACGCGGGAGCGCAAAACGUUCAAACUUGCGUUCGAGUGUAAGGAGGGUGUGAAAUUUGACGACGUGGUUUUGCACCUGGCACAGGAAAAAAAGUGGUGGUUUUUCCAGAACAAGCACUUUAAAAAGAAGGAUCAGCAUAAUAUAAGCCGGAAGUCGUUAGUGUCCCAAUCGGAGAGCAAUGAUUUUGCACUUGCCCAGUACGUUGAGGCUUAUCAACGAGUGAUGCAAGACUUGGAACACAAUGAUGAUGAGAAAUGGUUCUGUCUGUUUACAAAUGUAACGGUCAACGAAGAAGAUGGCUUACAACAGGAAGUGGAAGUUGGCGAAAUUAUCAACUUCGGCAGAGGAAGAUUUAUUCAAUUCAAAGGUUUAGAAGAAGAAAUGAAUGCUUUGAUGAAUUCAGAAUUCUACUCUGUCGGUAACUCAAUAUCCGCCAUGUUUGACGAGGGUAAAGUGGACGAUGUAUUAGAAAAAUACAAGGACAACCUGAGGAAAAUAAUAACUGUUGAAGAAAAUGAGGUGAAACUUACUUCUAACUCUUCAUGUGAAACAUUUUUUCUAAGUGCCUUGAUGGAAACACAUCCCAAACUAAAAAAUCGAUCAACUAACGCCAACAAUGUGAUACAAUUUUGGAAUGAUACGAACAGUUCCUAUGUCGAGCCUUUAGAGAAAAAGAGAAAAAACGAAGCCAAGAAUCAGUUACCUACGCUGACAACCAGGAAAAGCAUUAAGGAGUUCUUUAAAGUAUUUAUAUUUGCACAUUCCCAGCCAGAUGUGGAUGACUUAGCAAGGUGCAUGUUCAAUGAAGGCCAACUUUGGAUGCGCGAGAGGCUCGAGCCGGACAUUUUAGGCAGGUUAACAAAGUGCCAAAUUAUGCAAUUUUUGCACAUACUAAAAGACAAAUUUUCCGACUGGGAAAAAUCCACACAAAACACCAAAAAAUCUUUUUUAAGGUUAGAUACUGGUACAAAGUAUUUAGAAGCGAUUGAAAUUGAACUGCGUAAUGAGGUAAAAAUGUAUGCUAAUCGAUCUUGUGGUAGGUUGGAUGAUCGCUACUACAUAAAAAGAAAAUUGUUUUAUCAGAGCAGUGAGCUAGACGAAACCAAGUUCAUCAAACAAUUAUGCAGUCACUCAGUUCCUGAAAAAUGUUUCAUAAUAGCAGCUGAUCCUGGCAUGGGAAAGACUAUACUCAUGCAAUCAAUGGCAUUUGAAGCGCAAAAAUCAUUUCCAGAAACGGCAGUGUUUUUAAUGUUUUUGAAUCAUUUUCAGAUCAAAAUACCUGACCUUUUUUCUUUAGAAGACUUUUUGCAAUCCAGUUUAUCCCCCGAAAAUGUGGAUCUUGUCAUAAAAAAUCACAGCUGCCCAAAAGUACUAUUUAUGGAUGGUUUCGAUGAAUUGAGCGAACACAAUCAAGGCAAGGUACUAAAAUUAAUUGAUGAUUUACUUGAGAUAAUCAAUACAAAAAUUGUAAUCACUUGUAGAAAUGACGUAAAAGAAAGCAUCCAAACGCGCCUCAAUGGGACGACAAUUUUCAUGAAACAUUUUAAUAAGGACGAACAAGAACAGUUUCUUAAAUCAUUUUUGAAAUUCGGUUCAAAUGAUGAUACUAAUCUCAAAGAGUUUUCAAAAGAAAUUUUAAGUAAAAUAAACAAUGGUAUAGAUUAUGGUGACUAUAAAUUUACCGGUACUCCAAUGACAUUAAGCAUAUUAGCUGAAAUAAUUUUACCUCAUUUCCAAGUAUAUUGUCAAAAAAAACCUCCUCUUGGCCAAUUCAUUCACGGAGAUGAGUUCAACGCCAACAGUUUCUUUGAUCAAUUAGUUACAAAAUUUAUCCAAAUAACGAUGAACAGGAGAUUCAAUGCGAGCAAUGAUUUUGAAUCAAAUCACUUUUUCAACGCUACUUUUAAAGCCAUUGACUAUGAUUACCAAAUACUGGCAGCCAAAAGGAUGUUUUCAGAAAAACUACUGUUAUUUAUGGAAAACGACUUGUUCAAGACAGUUGAAGAAAGGAUUGGUAAGCAACACCAUCAUUUGGUAAAAAUUGAAUCAAAUGUACUGGAAUUCAGUCAUCCUGCAUACGGGGAGUACUAUGCAGCAAAGUUUUUGUUUGAAUACGUGGGUCGAGCUUCAAUUAGUUUUUGCACUCCUGAAAUAUUAGAAGACCUUAAGAAUCAGCAAAAUGUUCGAAAUUUCUUCUUUGGGAUGAUUAAUUCCAUUCCAAAUGAUGCGAACAAACGAAACGCAGAAACGACCACUGAAAAUAACAAUCAGCUUAAAUUAUUACAAGAUUUGGGCCAAGAAGUCUUAUUUUGGUCAUGCGAAAAAGAUUUCGUUAAUGUGCUUAAACACCUUCGAAAGAAGUAUAAGUAUAAAAUGAUAAAGUGCCAAAAUCGGUCCCUCCUAAGUGUUGCAAAAAGUAAUAAAGCUAUAAAAAUACAGAAUUAUUUGACUAAAGAAAUCAAAUGCAACCCAGAAACAGAUGAAACAAACUCUGAAGCAAUCAUCCCGAAUGUUGAACCGAGCACAUCAUCUUCAUCGCAACGUCAAACAAAUUCAAGCCAAAAAUCGGCUGCAACGCAAAAAAGAAAGUCGGGAAAAAUAACCGAUUAUUUCAUUGAAAAGGUUCCGAAAAAGGAAAAAGAUAUACAUGAAUUUUGGAAUAGAUAUAAAGUUUUAAUGGACAAUCAAUUUAGUGAAAAAAUGUUCACAAACUUCUGGAAGGAACUUUGUCAGUUCAAAGACAGUCAAAUCAGUAGUUUGGACUUGGAGGAAAAACUUGGUUCCAAGAAAAUUAUUUCGGAUUACCUGAGUACUAAACAAAGCCUACUUCAUGAAGCUGUUUUGAGCUCAUCUUUUGAAGUUUGUAAGUUUUUUGUCUCAAAUGUCAAAAGUUUAGUCUUAACCGAUAAUGAUGGCAACACUGCACUGCAUUUGGCGGUCAAACAAAUGAAUGCUGCACUCGUUCGUCUGUUGGUUGAUGGUGGUGCCAAUUUAAUAGCAACUGAUGAAUCUGGAAAUACUCCAUUGGAUUUAAUAACCUCUAAACAUUCUUCAGACAUCUUGUUAUGUUUACUAGAAAAAAUGAAAACUUUCGAAGAUUAUCGUUUCAAGGAUUCUUUAAUUUUCCACGCUGCAUCAUUUGGAUGUUUAGAAUCUGUAAAAAUACUCAUAACAAGCGGUAUCAAUGGAAACUCUGAAGACAGUGAAAAAAAUACAGCUUUACACUUUGCUGCUCAAGAAGGGCACAAAAAUAUUGUGGAAUAUUUGCUGAAUAAAGGAUCCGAAAUCAAUUUAGAAAAUCAUAAAGGAAAAACUCCAUUGAUGUUGGCGAUUGAAAAUGGUCACCAUGAAAUUGUACGAUCGUUGAAAGAGCAUUCAGUAAACCACGAUUUAGAUUUCCUACAAACAUUGUUAAAAGAAUCUGUUAUGAAAAACCAGGAAAACGUGUUGAAGUCAUUGAUUGAAGUUGGUGUUGAUGUAAAUUUCCAGGAUGGAAAAACAGGCAAAACUCUUUUUCAUCUUCAUUUGGUGCAGAAUAAUACUUUUCCAAACCCAAACAUUAUUAAGUUGUUGAUAAAAGCUGGCGCGAUAGUUGAAAAAUUUGAUAAUGAAGGCAAUUCCCCUUUACAUCAUGCUUCGAAAUUUGAAGCUAUUUUUCCACUUUUAAUUAAUCACUGUUGUAAAAUAAAUCGAUGUAACUCCAAUAAAGAAACACCACUUCAUUUGGCACUAGAAGCCAAAAAAUCAUUCGCGGCACGAUUGUUGUUAUUUAAGCAAGCUUGUAUUCAUCUUACGGACACAAAUGGCAACACUGCCUUACACGUUGCAUUAAAAAAUAAUCUUCAAGACGUUGCAAAUAUUUUAAUCAAUCUCGACGCAAACGUUAACAGUCAAAAUUCGAAAGGAGAAACUCCACUUCAUCUGGCAGCAAUGAGCGGUAAUUUAGCGACCGCGAGAAGAUUAAUAGAAAAUGAAGCAUAUGUGACUGCAAAAACCAAAGAGGGAAAAACUGUUCGAAAUUACGUGGAGAAAGGCAAAAUGAGUGCAAAUGUUCGGAGGCUACUCAUCAAACUUAUCGAAACAAAAAUGUCAACAAAAAUUAUUACCAUGCACGAAUUGUAAUGCCCAAAGCAUUUAUUUAUUAUUUUUUGCGAAAAAAAGAGAUAAGGAAGCACGUUCUGUCGAUUUUUAAAGAAUUCCAAUCUAACCAGAUUUGAAUUAGCUAUCCCAGAAUUAUGUUUAUUAUUCUUGUAAAUUAAAAUUGAUAUAAAACGUUAUAGUAAAAUGAAUAAUAAUUACAAUAAAUAUAAAUUAUCUUUACAGAAAAGUUCGA